AUGAAGACGAGGUCCGCACGUUUGAUCCUCGGCCUCAAAGCUCUUACCGCGGUGGCUUUGGCCAGUCAAGAUGGCGUCCGAGUCAUCACCGUCAUUGUUCAGAAAUAUUGUGGUGUGCCUGUGCGCACAGCAACACUCGAUCGUGACAUCACUUCAAAGCAGCAUCACCUCGACCGUUUCAGGGACGACUACGGGCAUUGGAACGACGUCAACGCAGAUCACAGCAAGCACAGUCUUGCCUACAAGCACGGCCACCGCUCCAUUUGCUCAAACCUCGACGCUCUCCCCAUCGUAUGUGACGCUGCCUGUUUCCACGAUUAUUCAGACAUCGACGCGAUCGACGACUAUCAGCAGUCCAUACACAACGACCCUACUCACAGAAUCAGAUCUCACGACUACGAGUUUGCUGACUCAAACGACCACUCUGAUCUCCUCGCAGCCCGGUCUUUCGAGAACCACGACGCAAAUCUCCUCUCAGCCAUCGACUGUAACUUCCACUGCAAGCGCCCAAACCGUCAUCACAUCGCUCCAGACGUUCUCAUCGAUUGGAACCCAAAUUUCAUCGAUCACGAGUACUGUGGAUGGAUCGACGACUGGCCGGUCGACAGCCUCGACGUCUGCGCUGACGAUUGUUACUGCUUCUUGUGCGUCACGGCGAUCGCACCUGCUGUGACGUCGACUUCGGCUACUACGUUCUUCAUUUCAACGUCGUAUUUCACCACGACUAGCUACUACGCGGGCGCUGCGAGGACCACCACCACUGGAGGAACAGUCAUUGUAGCCUCUCCAUGGAGGACGACUACUACAACGUCUUUCUAUAACCCCCUCGGGCACUUUCUCAGGAACGACAAGGAGUACUGCAGCGACCAACACUGCAGCGACUGCGACGGUCGUUGUGCAACAACCAGUCAGAUAUACGACGAUCACGUGACCCUACAACGAUCCAGGAACGGUAAGAACUCCUCCGCAGACCACAGCACUCGAUGUUUCAGACUUGUUCUAAUGUGGCAUCAAAAGACAACUCGCCCCUCGACUUCGGUGACAGCUGCCGGCCCAACAACAGGUACCAUUGCUAUACAACAGCCCCUUGCCACUUUCGCAUGCGCUGGCUACGCUUACUUGGUUACCGGAACAUCACUGCAGAACCUCGAUCUCAGCUCUGGCGCUAUUUCGUCAACGACAAAUGUGAACGUCACCUCGAGCGACCUCAACGCCGCUGGUUUCAAUCCGCUCGAAUCAUACAUAUACGCUGUAGGGCGUGGAUCGAACCCACAGGUCUUGUAUCGCAUAGGAGCGGCGGGUAGGACACAGAUUGACGCCACACUACCUUCUGGCUACAAUUUCAUCGCUGGAGACUUCGCACCAAGUGUGGACUCAACAGGGAAUUUCUGGGUAGCUGAGCCCGCUGCUACCACCGAUGGCUUCUACUGGGCGCAAGUGAAUGUCAAUCCGAACAGUGGUAGCGUCUAUGGGCAAGUUGUGGCGCAGGGUGUGUCGCAGAACACGCCAGACUCAGACGUCCAAGAUUGGGUGUCUGUUCCCAACCAGCCGGGAGUCCUUUAUGCACUGCAGAUUGACCAAGACGGCUAUACGCGGUUGCAGCAGUACGACACCGUCAAUCGAGUAUGGAACCCAGCGCUUGAUAUCGGAAAUACUGUCACUGGGCAGAGCUCGCCGCUCAGUUUCACUGCUCUGUACGGCGCGAACGAUGGGUACAUUUAUGCAACAGAAGGAACAACCGGACAAAUUUGGAGAUUCUCAUACGACCCGGACACCCUCAGCGCUUCUUUGAUUUCCCAAGGACCGACGGCGGUCGGUGCUGACGGAACUCGAUGUGCAAGCAACAACGCUGCGAUAGCACCAGCGCUCCCUGCCUUCUCCUGCAACCAAUACGGAUACUUGAUUCAGACGAACAACAUGUUUAGGGUAGACAUCAGCAAUGGCAGCGUAUCCCGCUUCCUUACUUUGGAGUCAGGGCGCUCUUACAACGCCAUUGGCUACAAUUCGUUGGAUGGCUACAUCUAUGGGUCCAGGAAUACUAAUCCUGCAACUUUGGUCCGCAUUGCUAGCAACGGCACAGUACAGAGCGUGCUCGCCUCGACAGCGAACUAUUGGUUACUGGGCGAUAUCGACUCCAACGGACAAUACUGGGCUGCUCUACCAUCAAAUCCUCCCAGUACGACAACUUUGACCUAUUCUCAGUUCAACAUGAAUCCACAAAGCUCGACAUUUGGGAGCUUGAUAUCAAGUGGGACAGCAAACAAUUGUGGGUACUACUUCGUCGAUUGGGCCUACGUUCCUGGAGGAGGCUCAAACCUUUACGCCAUCGGAACAUCUGCGCAAUCUACGACAGAUACGAACGGGUAUCUCAUGCAGUUCAGCAUGACUUCCCGUAACUGCACCUUGUUGGCCAAUUUGGGCUCCCUUUAUCCUGGCCAGACUCAAGCACACGUCGGAGCGACAUAUGCUACGGCCGACGGCUAUCUUUACGCUGAGAACUUUAGUGGCAGGAUCUAUCGCGUACGUGUUACGUCUCCUCCAUACAGAGCCGAAUUCGUGGCGGUAGGAUCGUCGGCAACGAGCAACGAUGGUGCACCAACCAACGGCGCCGCCUCCCUCGACGCCCUCCGCCUAACCCGCAACGGGCACUACCUCUCCGCAAUCCUCUCCAACCCAGACGAACACCUCGAACUAACACCCCCGGAUUUCCGCAAAGACGGCGUGCGGAAAGCCAAAGUCGUCAGCAACGACCACUGGAAAUUUGUCUAUCGCGAGGAUUUCAAGUAUGGCCAACGGGUGGUGCAUUGGGUUUCUGUGAGGCCGAGUGGCAAGCAUACUGUUUUGGAGUAUGAUCGGCGGUGGAAGGGGAGUUUGGUAUUGCUUGGGUUGAGGUUGGUGGGGUGGGGCAGGGAGGGCAUUGUGAUUGAGGCGAGUGAGGGGGGUUUGGAGGGGUUGAGGAAGGCGAUUAAUGAGGCUUGGGAGGAGAGGGGUGGUUGA